GCCUCACAGCGCCGGCUCGCCAGUUUCACGUUAAAUUCAGGAGGAGGAGGAGAGGAGGUGGCGCUGCCGCUGCUGCUCCUGCUCCUGCUCCACUGGCAGGUAAUUACCUCGCCGCGAAAUUACAGCCUCUCCAAAUCCUCAGCCUUCUCUCAUCCCCAGUGUAACCGGAGGCGGAGUACGUGGUUUUAAUCCGAUUGAUACAAUUUUCGCAGCGAAGCCUCGUCUGAUUGAGUGUGGACUUGAGACCCAGAGGGAUAUUCGCUGACAAUGGCUCGCAGCCGCACGUUGGGGGAGGAUUUCACCUUCGUCAACCCCGUGGUUAAAUAUUUACUAUUUUUGUUCAACAUGCUGUUCUGGGCCAUCUCUUUGGUGAUGGUUGCCAUCGGUGUGUACGCCAGGGUCAUGAAGCAUGCUGAGGCUGCCAUGGCCUGUCUUGCUGUGGACCCUGCCAUUCUCCUCAUCGUGGUGGGUGCGCUGAUGUUCCUCAUCACCUUCUGUGGGUGCAUUGGAUCCCUGCGGGAGAACAUCUGCCUCUUGCAAACAUUCUCCAUCUGCCUGACGCUGGUAUUUUUGCUACAAUUGGUUGCUGGGGUCCUGGGCUUUGUCUUUUCAGAUAAGGCCCGAUCGAAGGUCAGUGAGAUCAUCGAUAGCGCAAUAAUUCAUUACCGAGAUGACCUGGAUCUCCAGAACCUCAUCGACUAUGGGCAGAAGCAGUUCAGCUGCUGUGGGGGAAUUUCAUACAAGGACUGGAGCCACAACAUGUACUUUAACUGCACGCUGGAGAACCCCAGCCGGGAGCGUUGCUCUGUGCCUUAUUCCUGUUGCCUGCGCACCACGGAGAAAGUGAUCAACACUAUGUGUGGGCAUGGCAUGCAGGAUCUGGAGUACCUGGCAGCAGAGGAAUAUAUCUACACCAAUGGGUGCAUCGACAAGCUGGUCAACUGGAUCCAUAGCAACCUCUUCCUGUUGGGAGGGGUGGCCCUGGGCCUUGCUAUCCCACAGGUCAGUGCCUUGCCCACCACCCAUGUCUACCUCAGUGGACCAUUCUGCCCCUCAAACCCUUUCCUCCCAAUAUCAGAUCAGGACUAUCGGCAUUCAGUUCCAUUUCUGUUCCUUGAUUCUAUUUCUCUUUAAAAUGUUCACUUGACCCUUUGUUCUCACAGGGUUUUCAAGAGUUAGAUUUAGUUUUAGGGCUAAAGGAAUCAAGGGAUAUGGGGAAAAGCAGGAAGGGGGUACUGAUUUUAGAUGAUUAGCCAUGAUCAUAUUGAAUGUUUGUGCGGGCUUGAAGGGCUGAAUUGCCUACUCCACCUACUUUUCUAUGUUUUGGGGAAGAUGUUCCAGAUUUUCACUGCCCUUGCGGUGAAGAUGUGCUUCCUCACCUCAUCCCUGGAAGGCCCAGCAUGUGUUUUUAAUGUCAUUCACUCUUGUUCACGAGUACUAGUGGAAAUAGUU